AUGGGCGCAUCAAUCUCUACAAAUUCAUUUCCUGUCAAUGGGCGAACUGUUUUAAUAACAGGGGGAUCCCAAGGCACGGGGCGCGAAGCAGCGCACCAGCUGGCCCAGAGAGGGGCCAAUGUUGUAAUCGUGGCGAGAGAUGCCAAGAAAUUAGAGCAUGCUCUCCAAUACAUCAGUUCAGGAGCAGCAUCACCAGAGACACAGCGCUUUCACCAUAUCAGCGCCGACCUGACAGCACCUGAGACGUGUGCCAGAGUUAUCGCCGAAACGUCCAAAUGGAACUCGGGACAACCGCCAGAUAUUGUAUGGUGUUGUGCUGGAAUAGCUCAUCCCACACUCUUCGUUGAUACCGACGUUUCGGAAUUCAAAACACACAUGGACAACAAUUAUUUCACCAGUGUUUACAUGGCGCACGCAAUCCUCAGGGCAUGGCUUAGGACUGAUCCUCAAUCAAAGCUUCAAUCAACAACCUCACCAACCAAAUCUGAGAGUCUGGCUCCCAGACACAUCAUCUUCACCUCGUCGCUCCUUGCUUUUUAUGGGGUUGCAGGAUACGCGCCAUACAACCCUAGCAAAGCUGCAUUACGUUCCCUCUCUGACUCGAUUUCGCAAGAGAUGAAUCUUUAUGCUGGGGCGAAUCCAGGUUUGCCCCAAAUAAAGGUUCAUACGAUAUUUCCAGCCACCAUCAUUACCGAAUCGUCAGUGACUGAGAAUGAGAUAAAGUCUGAUCUUACGAAGAUGCUUGAGGAGUCAGAUAAAGGUCAAACACCUCAUGAAGUAGCAAGGAAGAGUAUCGAGGGGUUGGAAAAUGGGCUGGAACUCAUUACUAGUGACUUUCAGACAAGGUGUCUUAUGUCAUGUUCUCUGGGUGCCAGCGUCAGGGGUGGACUCUGGAAGGGUCUCUGUGAUUGGGUGCUUGGCUCUGUCAUGUUGCUGGUGGCAGUAUUGGUCAGGCGUGAUAUGGACAGAAAGGUUUGGAAGUGGGGGCAGGACUUUGGUGAUUCCGGCAUGAGGACGGGGAAAUCAUGA